CCUUGCUCAGGGGCAGGUUGACGACCCGUUUCAGAAAUAUGAAUAUAAACAGAAUAUUUGCCUUAUCUAAAUCCGCUAAAAUCGGGAAGCGGUUACUCGCCUGCAAUGCAAAGCAUACCGGGAAAGAAAUAUUUUAUCUGCAGCAUCACCGGACCAUUAAAACCCAUGCAAGAAAUCUUGCGUAUGCUAAGGAUUUGUUCCUUGGCCAGGUGAACAAGGAAGAGGUGUUCCCUUAUCCAGAAAUUGGAAAUGAAGAACUGGAAGAGAUGAAUCAGUUUGUUGCCCCAGUGGAAAAAUUCUUUAAUGAGGAAGUUGACUCAGCGAGGAUAGAUCAUGAAGCCAAAAUCCCUUCAGAGACCCUCGAUGGGUUGAAAGCGCUUGGGCUGUUUGGGAUCCAGGUUCCUGAGGAGUAUGGGGGGCUUGGACUGUCCAACACUAUGUAUGCGCGGUUAGGAGAGAUCAUCUCACUAGAUGGCUCCAUCGCUGUAACACUGGCUGCACAUCAAGCCAUUGGUCUAAAGGGGAUCCUGAUAGCAGGAAAUGAGGCCCAGAGACAGAAGUAUUUGCCCAAACUGGCCACAGGAGAACAUGUAGCAGCCUUCUGUUUGACGGAGCCAGGAAGUGGAAGUGAUGCUGCCUCCAUUCAGACCCGUGCCACCCUGUCAGACGAUGGGAAGCAUUACCUGCUCAAUGGUUCUAAGAUUUGGAUUUCUAAUGGUGGGCUGGCAGAUAUAAUGACAGUAUUUGCCAGGACUGAAGUGGUUGACAAAGACGGAUUGAAAAAAGAUAAGAUUUCUGCAUUUAUUGUGGAGAGAGCCUAUGGGGGCAUAAUCAGUGGAAAACCUGAGGACAAACUUGGCAUCCGGGGCUCCAACACUUGUGAAGUGUCUUUUGACAAUGUCUCUGUUCCAGUAGAGAAUGUAUUAGGAGAAGUUGGUGGUGGAUUCAAGGUUGCCAUGAACAUCCUCAAUUCGGGGAGGUUCAGUAUGGGCAGUGCUGGGGCCGGAAUGAUUAAAAAGUUAAUAGAAAUGACCGCAGAGUACGCAGCAACCAGAAAGCAGUUCAACAAACGCCUAAGUGAGUUUGGUAUGAUUCAGGAGAAGUUUGCAGUGAUGGCUCUGAAUGCCUUUGUAAUGGAGAGCAUGGCUUACCUGACUGCAGGGAUGAUGGACAGACCAGGAGUACCAGACUGCUCUCUUGAAGCUGCCAUAGUCAAGGUAUUCAGCUCUGAGGGAGGCUGGAUAUGUGUCAGUGAGGCUCUGCAGGUCCUCGGAGGUCUGGGUUAUACUAAGAACUAUCCCUACGAACGCUACCUAAGGGACUGUCGUAUCCUGCUCAUCUUUGAGGGCACCAAUGAAAUCCUGCGGAUGUACAUUGCUCUAACUGGAAUGCAAUAUGCUGGAAAAAUACUGACAGGGAAAAUAAAGGAGAUGAAGAAAGGAAAUAUUGGUCUUGCUCUGGGUAUGUUGGGAAAGAAGCUGAAGGAUCACUUUGUAGGAAGCAAUGCGGACUUUGGCUUGACCGGCAAAGAUGGAGUGGCACAUCCCAGUUUGGCAGACAGCGCAAAGAAAUUUGAACACAAUGUCUCGGUUUUUGGAGCAACUGUGGAGAGCCUACUCUACAGAUAUGGAAAGACAAUAGUGGAUGAACAGUUGAUGCUGAAGAAAGUAGCAGAUGUGAUAAUCAACCUUUAUGCCAUGACCGCCGUCCUGUCAAGAGCCAGCCGCUCUAUCAGCAUUGGCCUCAGAAAUCACGACCAUGAGGUGCUGCUCGCAAACACGUUUUGCAACGAUGCUUACUUCAAGAACAAUUAUAUGAUGACUCAGUUGCAAAAGCAUUCUCCAGAGAACAAUGACGCCAACAUCAAGAAAAUUGCCAGCCAAAUCCUGGAGAAGAGGUCAUACAUCUGUUCUCAUCCCCUUGAAAGAACAUUUUAAACAGCUCUGCUAUGUGACCCAGACGCACUUUGCCCUUUGUUCUGAUCAAGGGAAAUGUGGGAAAACUGUUUCACAUCCUGUAUACUGGAUCAUAAUGGUUUGUUUUGACAUUUGGAACAUGUGCAUUGCCUUAUCUAUUUUAAAGCAGCACCUGUUUGACAAUAACUUGUGUACACACCAAUGUAUGCAUUAACAUAUAAGAUUUAUCUGAUUAUUUUGAAGGUCACAAAAUCUAAGACAAUAAAGAGCUCAUCUGAUAGGUGUUAGGUGAAUUCUGAUGACAGUGUUGUGUGAAGUUUGAUCCAAAGUGCUACUUAACUUUACUGCUGUAGUGCGAUAUCACGUAAACAAUUACAAGUAAGAUACAAAGAAAUUAUUUCUUACUUAUUAGGCUACUGGACUUACAGGGUGCACUCGGUAGAAACUGACCUCAAUAAUGUUCCUGAAUGCUUUGACAUCCAUUAUGUGUGUCUUGUCAUUAAGAACAGGAACUUGAAAAAUGUGGACACCACUGUCUUCCUCUGUUAGGGGCAAGGCUAUCUGCUUUUAGUUGAAUGAAUGCUGCGCACAGUAUUUCCUGCAGUAAGCAAAAUGUCAUGGAGUUUUAAUCCAACUGUCUUUGUUUUAAAGUUUUCCCUUUUUCUCUAGAAUCUUUUGAUCUUGUUUCAAAAAUAAACUGCGCAUACACCAAUCAACCAAAACAUUAAACCACU